UCGUACCGCAUCGAAAACAAUACCUUCGUUAAGUAUUUGACAAUGUUGACGUUUUCGUUCAGUUUUUCAUUUGUGACAGCGGGUUCGUUAAAAGCAAGGUGGAAACUUCUAAACAAUAAUAAUACCGCAGAAUCUAAUCUUCGCGCAAAUUACUUCUAGGCAAUACGGUCCGGAUGUGUUCGCCAGCGCGUCAAACCGUGUAAAAGUGUUGCGUUAUUGUAACAGAGGUCUAUUUUUGAUAAAGUCCUUGAGCACCGUUACCGCUUCAUGUUGUGGACGAAAUUGAUUCGUCAAAAAAAGGUUUGUGUUUUGUUUCUGCAGCUUGCACUACCCGGGCGUAACGGAACUAACGGCAGAGCAGAAACAAGGUGAAGUGGCAAUACUGAUAGUAGCGUUAGCGUACACAAAACACGAGAGGGAGAAAGUUGUGGAAAGCUAGUGUUUUGGCUGCUAUUUUUUUUGGGAAAGUCUUGACCAGCAGAGCGAAGUGUGCGGUGCGUGAGUGGUGUAAAAACUCGUGAAAAACUCAAAACCGCUAACCUGCGAAGACGCAACUUGACGCGGACGUGCAAUGGCCGACGAUUACUAUGUGCAGAACAAUUCCAACAGUGAUGACUCAGAGGUAGAACUGAACCUGAGCAGCCCGGAGUUGAAGGGUUAUCUGAGCAAGUGGACAAAUUACAUACACGGUUGGCAGCCACGCUUCAUUGUGCUGAAGGAUGGUACACUGUCUUACUACAAAAGCGAGCAGGACAGCGACUUUGGAUGCCGGGGUGCAAUCAGUCUGCAAAAGGCAACGAUAAAGUCUCACGAAUUUGACGAAUGCCGGUUUGAUGUAGCGAUUGGACAGAACGUAUGGUAUCUGCGUGCCGAAACGCCAGAGGACAAAGGCAAUUGGAUCGAGGUACUUCAAUCGUACAAAACAGACAUCCCAGAAACGAUUAGCCUAAGGCGUCACGGAAGCACAAUCUCGUUGCAAUCCAACACACUGUCCACGGCAAGUGGUAGCAGCCUGAAGCGAGUCAGCCGAGGGCUAAGAGAAAAGUUGCACGAAAUAGAAACAUUUCGCGAUAUUCUUUACGGACAGAUCGACACACUGCAGCGCUAUUUUGACGCCCUGCACGCCAAAAACGAUGACCAACCGCCGCUCGAUCUGGGCGAUGGGUUGAAACCGAUAGAUUUCCGCGGCGAAGCGAUAACGUUUCGCGAAACGACGGCGGGCGUGAUCAUUACGCUUCAGCACUGCCUCGAUAUUAUCUCGCAGAAGGAGGAAAGCUUCAAGAAAAAGCUUGACAAGGAGCAGGAACGGCGGAGAAAGGCAGAAGAAUUGUAUAGAGCUUGUAAAGAUGAGCUGUCGAAGAAUCGAAAUUCUGUUAUUCCUGGACCGGACUUAGAGGAAGGACCGCAUUCAACUAUCCCGGAAGAUGAAUUCUUCGACGCGGUCGAAACGGGACUGGACAAGAUUGAGGAAGACCGUCAGCUUCGAGUGCGUCUGAAGUAUCAAUCCCAACAGUCGCAGAUAAGUAGUGUCGGUUCGUUGCAUAGCCCAAACGCCGAAACGGAGGAUGAGAUACCGCAGCUGUCGGAAGAUUUCGGUACCGGUGCCCAAGCGAAGAGUCACAAACUUUGGCCAGAGAUUGAUCGGAUCUGUACCGAGCAACUGACCCAAGCGCGGCAAGGUGUCGGUGAGGAUGGAAACGGUUGGCAACUGUUUGCCGACGAAGGCGAGAUGAAGAUGUACCGGCGCGAAGAGGAAGUGGACGGUAUGGUGAUCGAUCCGCUAAAAUCCUGUCACGUGGUGAAGGGUGUUACUGCCCGGGAAAUGUGCCAUUACUUCUUCGAUCCGGCGUACCGGAACGAUUGGGAAACGACACUGGAGGAUGUGCAGAUCGUAGAUAACGUUGCACCCGACACGCUCGUCUUUCUGCAAACGUACAAACGCAUCUGGCCCGCCAGCCAGCGGGAUGCACUGUUCUGGUCGCACAUGCGCCGCAUCACCGAUAACGUCGACACCGGUGCCAACGAUGUGUGGAUCGUGUGCAAUCAUUCCAAUCAGAACGAAGAGUAUCCGCCCGCAAACCAAGGCAAAUGUGUACGAAUCUAUCUAACGGUGAUAUUAGUUUGCCAAACUUACCUGACACCGGGGAAGGACAGCAAAACGGCGACACGAGAUGAUCUGACCUGCAAAAUUACCUACUGCUCCACUGUAAAUCCUGGCGGCUGGGCCCCAGCAACCGUGCUGCGCGCUAUCUAUAAGAAAGAAUAUCCAAAGUUCCUUAAGCGUUUCACCGGAUACGUUGUUGACCAAUGUAAAGCAAAACCGAUCAUGUAUUAGAAUCUUGGGCAGGAUAGGCUUGGUUGGUUUAUUUUGUUUAUUAUUUUUUUAUGAUAUAAGAGAACUAGAUGUUGUUAUAUAUGUAUGUGUACUUAUGUACACACAAAAAACCACACACACACACAUGCAUUAUGUUUCUUAUUUCCUUCGUGCUCGUGUGCUGCGCUAAUGGGUACCGGUACAGCUUUACGAGAAAUUAAGCGGAGAGACUAGACAUAUUUAAGCAGAAAAAUUGGGGAAAUGUGUGAAAAUUUUAUCCCGAAAUAAUUUCGGAUGUAAUUUGUAGCUAGGUCAAUCGUUGGUUGAGUAGUGCAAAACGAUAAAUGUCCCUAUCGGCCGGAAUCUGGUCGAAUCUGUCGAACAUAUCUUGAACGCAUUAUGUAUUGGGGGUGAUAGGUGUCGCGUAGUUUGUAAAAUAAUGAUAUGAUGGAUUAUCCCAUCAGUGCUGUUCUGGCCGAAGUUACUACUACUACUGCUGUGGGGGAAGGGAGUUUGUGAGGGGAAAAUUCCGGAACAUGGUACUGCCUGUUUACACUUGUUUUCCAAAGUAACACAAAGAUUCUCUCAUUAUUAGCGUUCGGUUUUAUUGUGACUGCUCCUCGUUUGCAGCAGAAACAGAUAGGACAACAAACAAAGCAACAA